AUGGCUCCCGCGCGUCAACAACAAACGCCCCAGUUCAACAAGGAUGAAAAGGUCCUUUGUUUCCACAUGGACAUGCUGUACGAGGCCAAGAUUAUGGACGUACAGCCCGGAGAGAAGCCAGGCGACGGCUUCCGGUACAAAGUUCACUACAAGGGAUGGAAAAACACUUGGGACGACUGGGUUCUUGCAGACAGAAUCAGGCCAUUUGACGAUGAACACAAGGAGCUAGCCGCCCAACUCCACGCCCAGCUCAAGAGCAGCAUGCAGAAAACCUCCAAACAACCCAAGAAGAAUGUUAAGGGUGGCGACUCUGCUAGAGGCAGUGAGGAACGAGGCUCGGGUGCUCCUCCAGGGGGCAGAGGAGGCAGGAGAGGCAAGGACUGGGAAUUGGAGCACGUGAGUACUCUUUUUAACCUUUUGCAGAAUAUGUUACUUUUUCUCUGGUGA